GUUUCAAAUAAAUACAUCCUGAACAUAACGGACAUCUACAGACCGCCGCAGCGGAGGAGGGACGUGUUCAUUUAACCGUGCUUUCUCAAAGGCAUAAAUCCUGAAUAACUCCAGCCUAAACCAUGUCUGAGGGCGACAACAAAAGCGCAAAUCUGUUGGCUCAAGAAACAAGUCAGCUGGAAGAACACUUGCAAGCAUGGGGAGAGGUCAUCCUGGCUGGAGAUAAGUUUCUGAGGUGGGACAGGCCAUGGUACCCUGGAGUAUUAGUGGGUGCCACCACAAUCCUCUUCACGCUGGUCUACUACUUGGACCCUUCUGUGCUUACUGGUUUAUCCUGCAUUGUAAUGAUACUGUGUCUGGCUGAUUACCUGGUGCCCACUCUUGCCCCCCGUGUCUUUGGUUCCAACAAAUGGACCACAGAACAGCAGCAGCGUUUCCAUGAGAUUUGUGGGAACCUUGUAAAGACCCAGCGCCGUGUGCUCGGCUGGUGGAAACGUCUGUUUGCCCUGAAGGAAGAAAAGCCUAAAAUGUAUUUCCUCUCUGUGAUCAGCAGUCUUGUGGCUGUGGCCUGGAUUGGACAACAAGUCCACAACCUUUUCCUCACCUACCUGAUUGUGAGCUUCCUUCUGCUUCUGCCUGGACUAAACCAACAUGGCAUCAUUACCAAAUAUGCUGGCAUGGUAAAACGAGAGAUCAACAAGCUUCUCAAACAGAAGGAGAAGAAGAAUGAGUAAAAGAAAAAGCUUUGAAAUGCAAGUCAAAAGUAAAGGUUUAAACAAU